AUGAGAAACAACUUCAUCAGGUCUCUUCCAGAUCUAAGUGGUCUCCCCCGCCUUCAGCUUCUAGAUCUGCAAAACAACCUCAUCCAAAGAGCUGCCCAUGUUAUACCACACAAGCUCAAAUCUCUGUCACUUGACAACAACUCACCCAGCUCUCUUCCGAAGAUCAGGCUUGGUCAAAGCCUCACAGUGCUCAAGAUAGGUAGAAAUCGCAUCGAGUCACUUGUUGGGUUUGGUGACACUAACGCAUUAGAGAUCCUUGACUUGAGUAACAAUUCUUUACAAGAUGUAUCCCACAUACCUAUAAUGGACGGACUUAAAUAUGUAACGCUUUCCCAUUGUAAUCUUCAUGGUAAGAGCAUGUUUCAUUCGCUGUACAUGGAUAAUGUGACCCUCUUCCAUCGACGUGAUGCCAGCAACGAACCACUUAAUCUCACGUUGGCACUUGACAGGGAACUAUUCCUACGAUACAACUCCUUUAUCACCAUUCCAUCAAUUAAAGCGAUGCAUGUUGCGGAACUAGAUCUGUCAUUUAAUAACAUCAACCUUCUGGAGCGAGAUUCUUUCAAGUUGACACCAAGAAUCUCGUAUUUGAAUCUCAAGGGUAAUGCCAUCACAAGCAUACAAAUGCAUGCACUGAGAUUCAACAUGCACCUUGUCUUGGUAAACCUCGAGGACAAUCACCUUCAGGUCAUCGGCCAUGAAGCACUUGUGAAGAUGGGCCACUUUGAUUUCCUGCUCGGUAACAAUGACCUUGUCAAUAUCUCACCCCUGACCCUGCCAGAAGUCUCUCGUUCCAUUUCUUUCGAUCCCAAUCCUUGGCGCUGUGACUGUUCCCUGCAUCCAUUGUACAGAUGGUACAUGCGUUCCAACGAAAACACGUUGACCUGUUGGACACCAAUACAUCUUCGAGGAAGGACCCUUGCCACACUGACGGAUGAGGAGCUAUGUCCGCUGAUCAGGAACGUCAGCAACGAAAAUGAUAUUUCUGACAGUCGUGUUGUCAUCACGGAUCUAUUUGCCGAUUCAUGCGGGAUCAGGGUUUUUGACAUACCAGAGUCCCAGACAGCGUAUGCUGUGCGUACGAUCACCAUGAGAAACAACUUCAUCAGGUCUCUACCAGAUCUAAGUGGUCUCCCCCGCCUUCAGCUUCUAGAUCUGCAAAACAACCUCAUCCAAAGAGCUGCCCAUGUUAUACCACAUAAGCUCAAAUCUCUCUCACUUGACAACAACCCACCCAGCUCUCUUCCGAAGAUCAGGCUUGGUCAAAGCCUCACAGUGCUCAAGAUAGAACCCUUGAAGUGGAUGACAACGAUAUUUUGGCAUUCAACCGACACAAUCCCACAUCCUUUCAACAACUGA